UGACGUUGCAAACGACAUUGAACUAGCGUUGAUUUGCAACAGCAUCAGGACAGAUAUCCAGCAAGAUUUUCAGGACUCCUCCAAAAACUAUCCAGCACAUCCAGCAUGACUCCAGAUUUAAUCGAUAGAAAGUGUUUCAUUUGUUGCCAAAGAACAACCAACUUCCUUACAAUAUCAGACUCCGAAAACGAUUCCAAGUGUAACACUGGCCUUAUCAUACGACAACAUUUUUGGUUCCAGGAAAGUGAUCUGCAAGAUGGAAUCAUCUGCGAAUCUUGUUGGGAAAAGGUGAAUCAAUUUCAUCGGUUCUAUCAGGAAGUACAAGAGCUGCACGCACAGUUGGUGAAAUCUGAAACGCUAGUCGUUUUCAUCAAACAGGAUGAAGACCUGAUCGAGGAGGAUCAACUACGGAACAACUGUGUCGAGUUGACAGCGGUGGAUGAGGAACUUGAGGUUCAGUGCAAAUCAGAGCUUGCAGGAGAAAGCGACAUACAUCCAACGGAGUCGGAGUUACCAGACAAACCUCGCAAAAAGCGGAAAUACACUAGACGGGCGCCAGAGGAACGGAUAGCAAAACCGAAGAAACCAAGACCGCACAAGUUGCUGACCGCCGACGAACGGCAAGCCGAAGAUGACUAUAUCAAGCAACACACUCGCUACACAUGCCUGGAUUGUGAUCUAGUAUUCGAUGACUUCCGUGGAACCAAGCGGCACCGCCUCAAAGUCCACCAACAGGCGUAUGUAGUGUGCUGUGACCAGCAGUUUCGAACGCGAUCGUUGCUGUACCAGCACGUGCAAAGUAGGCUGAACCCGGAAUCGUUCAAGUGCGAGAUUUGCGGCAGGGUGUUCGAGCUUAGAAGGAACUAUCUACGGCAUCAGAGGGAAAUUCAUGCCGCUGAACAGGAACUGAUACACAAAUGCCAUCGGUGUCCGAAGGGAUUCGUCAAAGAAGGCGCAUUGAAGCGACACUUGGCAGAACACGAAACGCUGGACAAUGAGUUGGCGAAGUGCGACACCUGCGGGUACAAAUUCGGCACCAAGGAAGCCUUGAAGAAGCACAUCAAGGCGGUCCAUGAGGAGGCCAGCGACUACAUUUGUGAAAUUUGCUCGAAGGGCUUCUAUCGCAAGUCCUUCUUCUUGGAACAUCGAAAAACGCACGAUAUGACUGCGGAGCAGCUGAAGAAGCAGUGCCCAGUGUGCAACAAGUGGCUGAAGAGCCAUGCGUACUGGGUAAAGCACGUGCGACGGCACCGCAACGAAGGGGACCACAAGUGCCAGGAAUGCGGACACGUUUCGAUCAACUUGAUGGCACUGAAGGCGCACAUGACACGACGGCACGGUCCAAGCAGCCACAGGCGGCAUGUUUGCGAACUGUGCGGCAAAGAGUACUCGCAUGGUACAACGUUGAAGGAGCACGUGGCCAACGCGCAUACGGGAGCGCCACUGUACCAGUGCUGCUACUGUUCAAAGAGUUUUUUCUCCAAUGCCACCAUGUACGGGCACCGGAAGAAGGAUCACCCGCAGGAGUGGCUCAAGGACCACAUGGCUAAGUAUGGCGUUGGAGUGGAGAAGCAACCAUAGUCCAUGAUAAUCCGUGACGCUAUUGUCGGAAAUACAAUCUUGUUCUUUCUAGUGCUAUACACUAAGUAUAGCCAAACCACAAGCGUUUCAAUUAACUUUUGCAGAAUCCAGAUUCCCAGAGCUAAAGAUCACCUGGUUUCUUUGAACAGAAGCCAACAAAGGUUCACGAAUAGGAGUUCGUGUUGUAUAGCAGUGGAGGUAAUCGACCUGCCUGGGCCCGUAGCUCGGCCUACAGCUUGUGGCCCGCAACAGGGACUAGCAGCGAGACGUCAAUCGCCAACCGGUGGUGAUCCAAGUACCCCGUCUGAAGCAUUGAAGGAACUUAAAGCAAAACUGUGGUAGCAAGCGAUGGACGAAGAGUAUCGAGCGCAGAUCGAGAACAACACUUGGGAGCUGCAGCUCCCAGAACUACCAGCGGACCGAAAAGCCAUCGUCAGCAAGUGGUUGUGCAAAUCGAAGGGGAACGAAAAAGGGAACAUUGUGCGACACAAGGCAAAACUGAUUGCCCAAGGUUUCAACCAGAAGUACGGCGUAGACUUCGACGAGAUCUUUGCUCCCGUUGCCAAGCAGGUGACUCUC